AUGGCCGAGUCUGUGGUUAGAGCUUGGUACGGUAAAGGAACUUCUUUAAACUUGACCUCGAAGAGUAUAAAAGAGGUUCCUGAGUGUGUUUCCAGGUUAACAAACCUCUCAGUUCUCCUGCUGAACAACAACGCCAUCGCCGCCCUGCCGGACGAGCUGCUCCGCCUACAACACCUGGCUGAGCUGAAUCUGGGAAAUAAUGCCUUGAAGGAGAUUCCCGCUGUUCUGGGCCAUCUGGAGUCCUUGAAGAAACUGUAUCUGUUCAGGAACCAAAUUACAGUAGUGCCACCUGAGGUGAUGGGUGGCUUACAAAACCUUGUUGUGCUCAAUUUGAACCACAACCAGAUUCAAAGGCUUCCACCAGAGAUUAAAAGUUUGAGGAGGCUUCAACACCUUAGUGUGCUGGACAAUAAGCUGGAGGAGAUCCCCAUGGAGUUGGGUCAUCUCACGAUGUUGUCUGAGAUAAACUUGACUUCCAAUCGUUUGUCUUGGCUACCUCAGCAGCUCUACCGCUGUAAAGCUCUAACCAAGCUGUAUGUGGCCAGAAACAAGCUGACCAGCCUACCAGAGGGAAUUGGGGCACUGGCAAAACUCCAAGUUCUGGAUGUGGCUGGGAACAAGUUGUCCAUGUUCCCUGUUGAGUUUCAUCUGCUGCCCCUGAAGGAGCUCUACUGUGAAGGCAACAGGUUUGUGCACCGCGAGCCAAUGUCGUCAGUGCAGGAUGCAGAGGUGUUUUCAUUAAAGGAACUCAUUGCCAGAUUUGUGUUGCAAGAGGACAGGAAGAAGUCCUCUCUGGUCCACAGGAUGCUUCCCCACUACCCAUUACUGACUGCGCUGUUGGCUGAUGGCAGCUGUUGUGCGCUCUGCCUGGGCCCCUUCCUUACUACCUGGCUGGAGUGUGUGCAUUUUAUCAGUCUGAAGAAGAACAUGAAAAUGAGGAAUGCUUUGACUAUUCCAGUGCGCGCUCUCCUUUGUUCAUACAAGUGCUUUAAUACAGAUGGACACUCCUACUAUGGUGUUGCUACAAGAUGAAUACCAGUUCAUUAAAAA